GCAGGGGCGGAGCGAGGCGGGGGGCGCAGCGCGGCGCUCCCGCCAGCCGGGCCGGGUCGUGUGGGGGGAGAGGGCGGAGCACGGAUCCCCGCCAUGUCCAAGCACGUUUUCCUCACGGGACCCCCAGGGGUUGGAAAGACAACUUUAAUCCAGAAAGUCACUCAAGCUCUAAAAUCCUCGGGCAUUCCCAUUGAUGGAUUUUACACAGAGGAAGUUAGAGAAGGUGGCAGGAGAACAGGAUUCGAUGUUGUCACUUUGUCUGGAAAACGAGGACCUUUAUCUAGAGUCAGUUCUGAUUCUUCUACUUCAAGACGUGAAUAUCGAGUUGGACAGUAUGUUGUAGACCUUGUUUCAUUUGAGCAGUUGGUUCUACCUAUGCUGAGAAAUGUAAAUCAUGGCAGUGAUGCAGAGAAAAAGAUUUGCGUCAUAGAUGAGAUUGGCAAAAUGGAACUCUUCAGCCAGGCUUUUAUUCAAGCUGUUCGUCAGACGCUGACUGGCUCAGGGACCGUGGUACUUGGAACUAUUCCUAUACCUAAGGGAAAGCCACUGGAUCUUGUUGAAGAAAUAAGAAGUAGGAAAGAUAUUAAAGUGUUCAAUGUUAGUAAGGAAAACAGAAACAGCAUUUUGGAAGACGUCUUGGCAGCUGUGGAAUCUUGCAGAAAAUGAAGACCUUUUCUUGCCUGUAAACAGUAAAGCUUUUAUUUUAACAAAACAUUACAACAUUUUGUGGAUGUUCUUGAGUCUGUCCUUCCUGCUUUAUCCCCUGGAGGCUUUCCUGGAGCCUUCAGGGUAAGCAAGGUAAAGCUGGUAAUAUUCUAACAUGUGAAAAUGAGAUAGCAGGAUUCUUAUAUUCAGUUCACAAGCUGAUCCAUUCAAAAAAAUGAACAGAUGCAUAGCUAACAUCCAGUUCUAAUCUGGGUAUUUGAAAGUUAGGUGGUCUACUCGGAUCCUAGUUACACCACAUAAAAGCAAUUAACUGUCAAAUCUGUUUGAGAUCUUCAUCUUUCAGAGUGCGGUGUGGACUGUUCUGCCUAGAAAGCACUUCAGUAUCUGGAAGUUAGCCCUGCUGUAACAGAGCAGAACCCUGCCCAAAAUGUCUAUGCGCUCUGCCUGGUUUAUGUAGAAACACCUUUGCUGUCGGUGACCCAGCUUAGGUGUGCCCAAGUGUGUUUCAGCAUGGGUGCUGACCAUUCGUGAGGUAGAAGGAAUACGCAGAUGCUCUGUCCCUACCCCCAGACACCCUUCUCUCCAGUUGCAGUACAAGAAGGGGUUAUCUAGAAUUUCAAGGAAAUUUCCUGUAGUCCCAAGUGACGUUUACAGAAUUCCGCUUCAGGAAGAAAAAUAACCAACUCUAACCUCUCUUAAGUGGCCCAGACAUGUUGAUAACAGGGCUGCAUUUUGGGUUUAUUUUCAACUUUCUGAUGGCAAUCCUGCCUCGCACCCCCUUAAAAAAUUAUAUAUAUAAAUCUCCAAGUCCAUGAAGUUCAGUCAAAUCUUGACUUGUGUUUUUUGUGCAGGGUUAUUAAGUCAGGAUCAACUUAAUACUGCAUUUGUCUGUAUGGGUUUUACAAUCUGUUAUGUUUAGUGAUACUUUUUGUUUGGUUGGGUUUUUUUUCUUACUCAAUUCUUUACAUGGUUAAUGGUGAAAUAAGAAGUGUUUGAGAGCAUUAGACAAUGUGUUUCCCUAUGAGGUGUGCAAAUGUGUUCAGGAGAAGUGCUACCACUUAAUCAGUUUUGCAUGUUGUGAAAACAGAAUUCCUUCCCAGGUGCACACUUGUUCAUUGUGUGAUUUAUAGUCAUCUCUGGCUGUGAAAAGUUGUUAAGAAUUCCGUUGUUUCUUAACUUUUUUCUGUUCAGUUCAACAACUGUUAAUAUGAGCAAACUAUUUAAAAGCAUUUUCAAAUAUCUGUUGUAUUUAUUGUUAUCUAUUUCUGUGAAACGGACACGCAAAGCUGUAGGGAGCUGCAUGGGGAGAGGCAUUUUUCCAGGUGCCCUGGAAACAGCAGGCAGUUAAAAGAUGCCAUGGCCUUGUACCCUGACUUCCCAUUACACUACCAUUCUGCAGUUGUCUUAAAUGAGGACUGACCUUUAAAGCUAAAUAAAAUAGAGAUAUUUGACACCUCUCUGUAGAGUCUGGGGUGGGGAGUGAUGGCAGAGUUCGGUUUUCCAAAUUCAGCCAGUAUUGUUGGGAGUUUCAUCCCUUUAAGUGAUGGUUGUUCUUCAUAAGAGUAUAUAUAUUGCCCUGCAUAUAACACCAUGAUACCUACCGUAGUCCCAUCAUUUAAUAGACUGGGAAAAAAAAGAAUCAUAACAACAAGUUUGGGAAACUUUUGACCAGUGUGCUUAUCGUACUUUGAAGCCAUUGUCUCAUGGUGCAAGGAAGACCUUUGGUAGCGAGGGUAGCUAGUCAUUGGAAAAAGUUCCAAAAUGGAGGUAUAUUUUUCCUUCACUGGAACUGCGAGUGAAGUAUCAGCCCUUUUAAAUCAAAGGGCAUUUUUGCUACUGACAUCAGUAGCUCUUGCUUUCUGCUACCUAUCUCAAGAUUGGUGAGAGUCUUUAAUUUGUUGUUGCUCUUUUUUUAAGCCCAUCUUCUCUCUGAGCUACAGAGUGCUUUCCAAGAGAAAUAAAGAGAAAUUGUGUGAUCUGUGUUCAGCAGAAGAUCCUAGAUGACCUUAACAGGAAUGUCUGGCCUUUAAAUCUGAGACAGUCCUGCAGAAGUGAUUCACCUGUUUGAAAUAUACAUCGAGUGAGAAAGUAGUAUUUCCAACUGAACUUAGUUUUUAUGACACCCUGUGUUUACUUUAGAGGUAAAAACGUAUUUUCUGUUCUUGCACUAGUAAAAUAUUUGGAAGGCCUUGAGAGCACUGUAACAACAAACAGAGCAUUCACAAAUCCCCUGAUGGGCCGAUUUUACUAAUAGCACACAUUUGGUGAAAAUAACCUGAUGUACCAGCAAGAUUCCAGAUGACAACAUUAGUGCACCUGCAGGUUUUAAUUGGUGCAAAAAAGGGGAGAAUAUGAGGUACCAAUUACUCUCUCAAAGCCUGAGAAUUGAGGAUGUUUUUGGCAAGGAAGCUUGUAAUUCCAACAUAAAAUUGCGCACAGCAUGGAAUAAACAGGGCCUGCAUUAUUUAUCAUGCAUUAGACAAUUUUUGACUUGUAAAACUCUGAGAAGGCAGAAAGAGAGAGGUGAAUCUUUAACACAGGACCUACUGCGAAGUUAAUUAUAAGUAAUAUGUCUGUCUUGCAGAUUUAAGGAUGUAGAAGCACCAGUGAAACUUUGUAAUUAAAUACCAGCUACCAAUCCAGGGAGUAAUCUAAAUAUGGCAAUAAUUGGGUAGUUGUUAAAUACGCGUUGAUAAGAAGAUGAUUAUUACAUGCUGGAGAAUUUCACUGGUAAUUCUAAUCUUCUAAAAUGAGCUGCACAAAAUUCAGCUAAUCUUUAACUUAAAUUCCCCAGCAAGAGCAGAGCGGUCAGUUUGUAGGUUGGAGCCAAAUGCAGAUGACAUUUCUUGCUUUAUUCUAAUAAAUAGCUUUUAAAAAAAGCUGUGAAUGACAUCGCAGAGACUCCUAAGAACUUAAUAGUUUCAGAAUGUCAUUCACAGAUAUUGAGAAUAUCUGGCCAUCUUGUUGAGGGGAAAAAGACUCACACUGGCAAGUCCUUUUUGUUAACAUUUGUCUUAAAUGCAACGAAUGCCAAGAUUUUCUGUCUCUGGGAAUGAGGUGAGACUUUUCAGUGAGAACUCCGGUUCCUACCAAUAGAAGUUGGUUGUAUGACACUUCAAAAUGGAGAGAACAGCAGGACCUCCAGCAUUUAUAUUUUGGGAUGAACGGAAACAACCUUUGUACGUGGCACCCAUCACUGUUUCCUACUCACUUGCUGUGGUGGGAAACAGCUGGGCUGAGGGCCAGACUGGGGGCUUGCCAGCGUACCUGGUGGAUGUGAGCAGUUCAGCAGCCUGUGAGUGGCUUCGGUAAAAUGUUACUAAGUCUUUUUACCAGAUUUUUGGACCACGUUUCACCCUUAGGAGUGUAGCACCUGGCUUUUACUGCAUGAUGUAAACAAGAGCCUAUUAGUGAAAGUUUAGGAAAACAAUAUGGGAGGGGGUUUAAGUAUCCCACAUUUAAUGCAAGGGCUGAAGUACUGUGUUUAUGCUUGUUUUACCAUAUACUCAUUAUGCUCCUUCCUGUAGCCUGCUGUACUGUAUGUGUUCCUCUCUGGUUGUGAGAGCCCCGCUGAGCCAGUGUGGAUAAAAUCACUCCUGAUGUUUCUUUUCAGCAAUGGUGAUUAUGAUCUGGGGUUAAGCUGGUGGAGCAGAUCCCUUCAUCCCUUCUGACAUCUAUGUGAAAGAAUGUUAUGUACCAAAUGCUCUUGUGGAUUGAGCGCUUGAUUUCCUCAAAGGAUGUGUUCAGCCUGCUAGCGAGACAGGAAUGUCACUGCUCUCAGGUUGUAGAAGCAAGAAGGUUCUGGGGUGGCUGAACGAGCAUUGGGCAGGCUUCUGCCUUCAGCUCCUGCUGAGUAAGUGGCCUCUGCAGCUCUGGAAAAAUCGAAGCACAGCACCUGAAUCUUCAAAACUGACACCAAGUGGAACUGCAUAUAAAAGGUACAUAUGUGUUGGUGGUGGCCAUCCUUCCUGCAUCACGGCUGUGGUAACAGAUCAGACAUGUAAUGUAGGCAAACUGUUCAGCCUGAGCAACUUCAGGGCCAAGUUUUAACAAUGGCAUUAUGCACUGUGAAACCUAUCAUCAGUGCCACAGCUGCCUUACAGGCAGUGAAAGUUGGGUCUGCUUUUCAUUCAGAGCCCAGCUAGUGGGGUUCCCAAGGUGUCACAGAUAGAUACCUCCAUCUUGCAUCUCUGAAGCACCUCACGUGUAAGGUUACGUAUCGAGCUGAUUAGGUCUUUCAGGAAAAAAAGUAUGGCUAAAGUCUUUGUGUAUCUGUAGGCACUGGUGCUGAGAGUAACAUUCCUAUGGACUUGGGUGCCUUUGGUGAUACACAGAGCUGUUCUGAGCAGCUUACUGCUGAAAUUAGGCCUUGUGUAAAGGUUAGGUACCUAUUUGCUAGCUUUGUGUGCAUCAGAGCCUUAAAUGUGUCUUCCGUCGCGUACAGAGUAAUCGGAUCUAUCUCUACCUCAUGCAACCAUGGGGGAGAGGUCUAAGAUGUAUUUAAUCAAUACAAGCUCAUAUCUAGUUCCAGGUUUCAUUUCUAACCAUCGUGUCUGAUUAUUCUGUAGGAUUGGCCCAUAUUUAAAACCACUGCACAUAGCAGUAGCCUUAUUAAUAACAACAGCCUAUCUGCAAAAUUAUGGAGAAAUGUAACAUGGGAGAGUUUGUGCUGUCAUCUUUGAUUUAAUUUUUUGUCUUUAUAAAUGUGAAUGGUCGCUCAAGUUUUUUCAGCCCACUAUGCUGCAGUAACAACUCUAAGGCAAAAUAAAAACUGUGUAAGAUGUGGCUACGGAAAGGAACUAAUUUUUGAAUUGUACCUUGACUCCUGCUGUGGAGCGUGUGCCCUGUGCCUCAACAAAGGCGAUAAGACAUGCCUUUUCUGGCAGCCACCCUGUGCAGCAAAAGGCUGGCCUUCAUGGCUUGCUGCUGCCCCAAAGAGUUAUGCUCUGUGGGCUGGCAGCUUGAACUAAGUCAAGAACUGUGAGGCAGCUGCGCUAUCUCAGGGCGCGGUACCAGAGGCCAUGGAGAUGGUACAGUCUCUUCAAGAAGAUGGGUGCUGGAGGAAGGUGGUGUUGUGGGGCCUUGGUGCACGCUAAGCAGAUACAGAGGCUUACCACUGGAAGGAUUUGUGCAGCUGUUUCCCAAUCUGGUUUAAUGCACUUGAAUUGGAUACAUAGAAUAAUUUAGGUUGAUUGGAACUACUGGAGUUACUUAUUUUCGAUGGAAAUUAAUGAUGGAAAUUAAUUCAAACUUAAGAUGUGAAAAUUGGAGGCCUAAGCGAGGCUAACUGAAUAUGGGAAAGUCUUUAGUGCUUUCCACAGCCGCCUGUUUGCCCUGCCUCCACACAAAGCGGGGUUUAGGAAGACAAAGUAGUGAUGGUUUAUCUUAGUAGCCUGCCACGCAAAAGCCCCCAAGGCAGAAAUGGGGCUGGUGGCUGUUAGUAAGAGCCCUCAACCUACCUGUAUGACCUCCAUCGUUCAUUUGUGAAGAAACACUUCGCGAGCAGGGUGGCAGGAGGAGAGGUACAAUCUGCCAGGAAUGGUCAGAAGGGAGCAGCUGAAUUCAAUUUCCUCUUCCAUAUCACACCUGGAUGCUGGAGGAGGCAUUAGUAGGGCCUAAACUGCACUGGUGACCAUGUGUCUCGGGGGGCUGUACGUGAAUAUGCUGCUUUUGCUGUUGUGAAUGUGAGCAGGAUUUUGCCUAGG